AUGGGGCAAGAACUCCUGAUGCACGACGCUACGAUAAUAGAAAAAACCGAGAGCAAAAUCUUGACUUUGAUCAAACUUGGCGUGCUUUUUUCGAAAUCCCUGUUUUUUCUUCAAGUGGUUUUGAUUGUAUUACUGCCAACCAUCAACGGAAAUUACAAUGUGAUAGGAAAUAUAGUGAGCUUUUUUCUUAAUCUCACGAGAGGUGGACCUUUGCUGUUUCCACAGUAUCCUCAAACUCAUGAUGACGGUUGCAAUGAAGGUAGAAUGGAAUGGCCUCAUGGCUUUGCUCUUGGUGGAAGUUCAAUCAUCAAUUACAUGAUACAUGUCAGAGGAAACCCGAUUGACUAUGAUAGAUGGGAAGCUAUGGGAAAUCCAGGAUGGUCUUACAAGGAUAUGUUUCCCUAUUUUCUCAAGUCAGAAGAUUCUCACCUUCAAAUGCAAGAUGAGGGAUAUCACAAUGUAGGUGGUUUUUUGUCAGUGAGUGAUGUUCCAUUUCGAACAAAAGCCGCAGAAGCUUAUAUAAAGGCAGCUCAAGAAGCAGGUCAUCCAUACGUGGAUUAUAAUGGCAAAAAUCAACUGGGGGUGUCCUACGUUCAGUCAACUACUCGUAAGGGAAGAAGGUGCAGUGCUGAGAAAGCGUUUCUGAGACCGGUACGAAAGAGACCCAAUUUGAAAAUUCAGACACGAUCUCGAGUUUCUAAAAUACUUGUGAAUCCGGAAACUAAAACUGCUUACGGGGUGGAAUACAUCAAAAAUGGAAAAGUUUAUUCCGCUCUAGCUAACAAAGAAGUUAUUUUAUCAGCCGGUUCUCUCAACUCGCCACAAGUUCUCAUGCUAUCUGGAAUAGGGCCCAAACAACAUUUGGAACAAUUUG